CGCCGCCCAGUCUGUAGACUCCGGCCGAACUUUAGUCAAAAUGUGAAUACCAGAAGCUACAGUUUGUUCUUCACGCUCUAUUGUAUCAUUGAAGCCGCCGAAUCCUGCCUUGUUGCUUCUCCAAACGAGGAAGGACUCCUUUUGACGUCAAGGGAACUUUUGUCCUUUCUUUUCGGUUCUCAAUGGCAGACGAGGAACCUGUUGAUCAAAAGAAGUAUCUUGAGGAAUCUUGCAAGCCUAAAUGUGUGAAGCCCCUACUUGAGUAUGAGGCAUGUGUUAAGAGAAUUAAAGGUGACGAAUCCGGACACAAGCACUGCACAGGACAAUACUUUGAUUAUUGGUCUUGUAUUGAUAAAAGUGUUGCACCAAAACUAUUCUCAAAACUGAAGUAAUUGAGAGGCUGUUGGGGCAGCUCUUUCACUAGGUGUGUACUCUUUGCAACAUCAGCUGAAUUUUGUUAGAAAUUUACUUGGGUCGGUUGAAGCCUCCCUAAUUGAUUAUGAAAUCUUUUAUGACUUUGGAAUAAAUGAAGAUAUCUUGAAUUGCUGACAAUUUUAUGCUGUUGCAAUUAAUGAUGAAUUAGAAAAUGAAUGAUAUGUGAUUGGGUUAAAUGACUUAUUUUUUUCUUA